AUGGCGCCGAAGCCGGCGCCCAAGCCGAAGCCGGCCCCCGCGCCCAAGAAGCCCAGCGGGCCUUCUCCGCAGGCUCAAAAGGCUGCCCAGGCGAAGGCCAAGGCGGCCGCGGAAGCUAAGGAGAGGGAGGAGAAGGCCGCGGCUUUGGCCGCGGAGAAGGCCGCGGCGGCCGAGAAGAAGGCUCUCACGGAUAAGAUUAAGGCCGCGCGGGAAGACUUCGGGACGGUGAAGAUGGGACCUGACAAGAAGGCGAUCGCGACGACGACGACGACCAAGGUAGCGUCGAAGCCAACCAAGGACCCGCAGGAGGUCGCCUUGGAGGAGAUCCGUGCACAAAGAUCAGCGCUGAAGCAGGAGGCGGAUGCCAAGAAGAAGCAGCUGGCGCAGGACGCCAAGGACCGGAUUGCCGCGGACAAGAAGGCUAAGCGAGAGCUCCAGCAGGCCCGCGACGCCAAGGUGAAGGCCCUCGAGAAGGCCAGGAAAGAGCGCGCCGACGCGGCCAAGAGGGCGGAGCAAGAGGCUAAGCGAGAGCUCCAGCAGGCCCGAGACGCCAAGGUGAAGGCCCUCGAGAAGGCAAAGAAGGAGCGCGCCGACGCGGCCAAGAGGGCGGAGCAGGAGGCUAAGCAGAAGCAGAGGGCCCUCGAGGAGGCGGAGAGGGAGCGCGCCGCGGCCACCAAGAAGGCCGAGCUGGAGGCCAGGCAGCGGGCGAAGGGCCUGGGCUUGUGAGUGGAGAGCCGACGACGACCGCAAUAGCUAUAAUUUAGUCUUCCUGCGGAGAAACCCGGGGAUGGAGUGCCGACUGUCCCCGUCGGCCCUUGGAAUGAUCACGGGUUGUGAUAGACAACGAUUAGUUCAGCCACGAACAUCACGCACGCGCGCGUACAGAGCUUGGCAAAGCUUGCCCUAGCCCUUUCAUUCAGGGUCUUGUUGCCUCGAUUUCCCCCCUAACCACCCGCUACUGUCGUGUCGGACAGUCUUCUUUUUUUUUAGAUACUGGCAUGAGUACAUGUUUUUGUCAUGUUUUAGGGGUGCAUGAUGACAGCUAUCUUUGUGCGGGCAGUGACAAGUUUUGUUUUUUCAUUUUUGAAGGGGAGAAGAGCGCUACCCUAUGUCUGUGUGGGCGUUGAUGAUCUGGGGGGAUUGAAGACGAGCGCUCGGCAGGAUAGAAUUGCUACGGCGGGGGGGGAGGGGGGUACGUUUGCUGUGAUCUCAGAACUGACAGUCUUGUCUUGGCGGCAGUCGGCGUCAAAGAAUAGGUGUCACGGGAGGGACUCGACCCGCUAUUUAGACGUAGAUAUUGCGGUGUUCGGUGGCGUUGUUUUUGUCGUCAGGAAGCAAUCAAUCGCGCACACGUAAUUAUAGUGACGUGAACGCGGAAGAGGUACAGCAGAUCUAUCUGUCUAAAAUCACGAUGAAGAACAGGCGAGAGAGGACUCACUCAUCGGCCUGUUUUUUUUUCAUCUCU